GCAACUUUAACCUAUAACAACAAAACGCCAAGAUCAAGGGGCAUUUAUUAUUUAUCAAAUGACUGGAAAACGUACAGACUGUCCCUUUAAUUGAUGAACAGUAGUUUUAAACCGUUCAGGGAUGUUGGGGUGUUGAACGCAGCACUAAUCGAGGAAGGUACAUGUACACAGAUAUACACGUCAACAGUUCAGUGGGUUUAACGCGUUUGGUCGAGCGGCAUAAGGACUCAGCAACAACAAUUUAUUUUGCAGCACAUCGUGCAUUUGUCAGUCCUUGGAGGAGGUUGUGUGUCGUCGAUGGGCAGGGCUAUGCUCCUCCAGAGGUGGCUCGGUCCCACCCUGCUGUCAGCUGGUCACCGCUCUGCAGGAGGGAGGAAACAGACGCCGUUCACCUCCAAGCUGAAACACGUGUCUCUCUUUAGGAGUCCCAGCAGCAGACGCGGCAUGGCGGAAGAAGCGAAGAAACGAGCAGGCUAUGCUGCGGUGGAUAAUCAUGUUCAGAACAACCAGGUAGUUGGAGUGGGCAGUGGAUCCACCAUUGUGUAUGCUGUAGACAGACUAGCGGAGAGAGUUCGUCAGGAGAAACUCAACAUAGUGUGUGUCCCCACCUCCUUCCAGGCUCGUCAGUUGAUUCUGCAGCAUGGUCUAACCCUGUCUGAUCUGGAUAGACACCCAGAGCUGGACGUGGCCAUCGAUGGGGCAGACGAGGUGGAUGCUGCUCUCACACUCAUCAAAGGAGGAGGAGGCUGUCUGACUCAGGAGAAGAUUGUAGCCGGCUGUGCCAAACACUUCAUCGUCAUCGCUGACUUCAGGAAGGACUCCUCGGUCCUGGGUCAGCAGUGGAAGAAGGGUGUUCCUAUUGAAGUGAUCCCUAUGGCCUACGUCCCCGUCUCCAGGACGAUAGCCAUGAGAUCCAGUCUUUUGAUUGUUCAGGGUCCGGUGGUAACGGACAACAGUAACUUCAUUCUGGACUGGAAGUUUGAACACGCUCACAACUGGAAGGAGGUCAAUACCGCUAUUAAGAUGAUACCAGGUGUGGUAGAGACAGGUCUGUUUGUGGGGAUGGCAGAGCGGGUGUACUUUGGGAUGGAAGAUGGUAAUGUUGUGGUCAGAGACCCUCCAGUCAACUGACCUGAGCCCUGAUCCACCUGGAACCAACCAGCAACCCCCCCCCCCCUCCACCUGGAACCAACCAGCACCCCCUCCACCUGGAACCAACCAGCACCCCCCUCCUCCACCUGGAACCAACCAGCACCUCCACCUGGAACCAACCAGCACCUCCACCUGGAACCAACCAGCACCUCCACCUGGAACCAACCAGCACCUCCACCUGGAACCAACCAGCACCUCCACCUGGAACCAACCAGCACCCCUCCACCUGGAACCAACCAGCCUCAACCACAGUGCCCUACUUUAUUAUGGAUGCAUCCCAAAAGGCCACCUAUUCUCUAUAUAAUGCACUACCUUAGACCAGAGCCCUAUUAGAGCCCUCUGGGUCCUGGUCAAAGAGCCCUAUUAGAGCCCUCUGGGUCCUGGUCAAAGAGCCCUAUUAGAGCCCUAUGGGUCCUGGUCGGAGCCCUAUUAGAGCCCUAUUAGAGCCCUCUGGGUCCUGGUCAAAGUGCCCUAUUAGACCACUAUGGGUCCUGGUCAAAGUGCCCUAUUAGAGCCCUAUGGGUCCUGGUCAAAGAGCCCUAUGGGUCCUGGUCAAAGUGCCCUAUUAGACCACUAUGGGUCCUGGACAAAUUGCCCUAUUAGAGCCCUAUGGGUCCUGGUCAAAGAUCACUAUUAGAGCCCUAUGGGUCCUGGUCAAAGAGCCCUAUUAGAGCCCUAUGGGUCCUGGUCACAGUGCCCUAUUAGAGCCCUAUGGGUCCUGGUCACAGUGCCCUAUUAGAGCCCUAUGGGUCCUGGUCACAGUGCCCUAUUAGAGCCCUAUGGGUCCUGGUCACAGUGCCCUAUUAGAGCCCUAUGGGUCCUGGUCACAGUGCCCUAUUAGAGCCCUAUGGGUCCUGGUCAAAGUGCCCUAUUAGAGCCCUAUGGGUCCUGGUCACAGUGCCCUAUUAGAGCCCUGUCGGUCUAGUUAUAAACUUGUAGCCUGUAUUUACUCCCUGAGUGGUUUCUAUUCUCUUCAGAUAAACAGAGAACCCUGGUGCUGUUGGGGCACACUGAAACCAAUGGGCCCUCGUCAAAUGUAGUGCACUAAAAUAGGCAAUAGGGUGGCAUUUUGACCACGAGCCUGAACAUCUGUCUCUGUUUGUACUGAGAACUGUCUCAUCCGUUUGCCCUUUCACUGUCUUACAACAUGUUGUUGAUCAUUUGCCUGGUCCCAGGUCUGCCUCUGGUUGCCUGGUCCCAGGUCUGCCUCUGGUUGCCUGGUCCCAGGUCUGCCUCUGGUUGCCUGGUCCCAGGUCUGCCUCUGGUUGCCUGGUCCCAGGUCUGCCUCUGGUUGCCUGGUCCCAGGUCUGCCUCUGGUUGCCUGGUCCCAGGUCUGCCUCUGGUUGCCUGGUCCCAGGUCUGCCUCUGGUUGCCUGGUCCCAGGUCUGCCUCUGGUUGCCUGGUCCCAGGUCUGCCUCUGGUUGCCUGGUCCCAGGUCUGCCUCUGGUUGCCUGGUCCCAGGUCUGCCUCUGGUUGCCUGGUCCCAGGUCUGCCUCUGGUUGCCUGGUCCCAGGUCUGCCUCUGGUUGCCUGGUCCCAGGUCUGCCUCUGGUUGCCUGGUCCCAGGUCUGCCUCUGGUUGCCUGGUCCCAGGUCUGCCUCUGGUUGCCUGGUCCCAGGUCUGCCUCUGGUUGCCUGGUCCCAGGUCUGCCUCUGGUUGCCUGGUCCCAGGUCUGCCAAGUUAACAAUGUGUGUUGAAGUCGGCAGGAUGGCCCACACACUGUCUCUCAGGACAUGCCUCUGUCUCGUUGUUGCACAUCGUUUCCUUUCGUUGCUCAAGCCAGCCUUGUGCCAUUCUCUUACCUAAUACCAAAGUUUCAGUGCCUGGAUUUACAAAACAUUUCUUAAGGUUUUCAAAAUCCAGGCCCUGGUGUACUCAAUGUUCCCUGAGUCUAGAAGAGAGGUGCUCUCUUCCUACCAUAGCUAUACCUCUCUCUACCUACCAUAGCUAUACCUCUCUCUACCUACCAUAGCUAUACCUCUCUCUACCUACCAUAGCUAUACCUCUCUCUACCUACCAUAGCUAUACCUCUCUCUACCUACCAUAGCUAUACCUCUCUCUACCUACCAUAGCUAUACCUCUCUCUACCUACCAUAGCUACACCUCUCUCUACCUACCAUAGCUACACCUCUCUCUAUCUACCAUAGCUACACCUCUCUCUACCUACCAUAGCUAUACCUCUCUCUACCUACCAUGGUUCACCUUUUAAUGACUAUAUGACUGUGAUGAGUUGGCUGUCUUCAAGCUGUAAGGUACUGGGUUGUAUUAAAGAUUAAACCAA